UCCUCACCCGUAUUCUCGCUCUUCAUCAGUUUCUGUCAUCGCUAAUCACUUUCAAUUCCCUUUAUUUCUACUUGCUAAACCCUAACCCUACACCCGAUCUCUCUCUCUAUACCUUUUCUCUACUUCAUUUCCUCCCCGUAGAUCGACAGCUAAUGGCAAGCACAGUGGAGCCGACAGCUCUGAAGAGAGAGGAAGAGGGGGAGGAGGAUGAUUCAAAGCCGUUGGCGGAAGAUGAGGAUACCGGAGCUCAAAUAGCUCCGAUCAUUAAACUGCAGGAAGUUGCCGUUACAACAGGCGAAGAGAAUGAAGAUAUUCUCCUCGAUUUGAAAGCAAAGUUGUAUAGAUUUGACAAGGAAGGUAACCAAUGGAAAGAGAGGGGAGUUGGGACGGUGAAGCUUCUCAAGCACAAGGAGACUAGCAAAAUUAGGCUUGUUAUGAGGCAGAACAAGACACUCAAGAUCUGCGCCAACCAUCUUGUGCUUCCCACAAUGUCAGUACAAGAGCAUCAUGGCAACGACAAGUCCUGUGUGUGGCAUGCUACUGAUUUUUCAGAUGGAGAGCUAAAGGAGGAGACAUUUUGUGUUCGUUUUGCCUCAGAGGAGAAUUGCAAAACUUUCAAAGGCAAGAUUGAAGAAAUCACUGAAUCUCUGACAAAGGAGAGUGGAGAUAGUGCAGAAGCUGAUGCCACAGCCAAUCUCAUUGAAAAGUUGAGUGUUGAAGAAAAAGGAAAAGAAGAGAAAGUAGAGGCCAAAGAAGAACCUACUUCCAAGGAAGACAAAAAGGAUGAGACCGAGAAGCAGGAAAAAUCUGGCGAUGACAAUUAGUGGAAAACACAGGUUUUUUUUCUUUCUUGUCUGGGUUUUUGUUGGAUAAAGGGAAAAUUUCAAGUGGGAAAAUCCCAAGACCAGAAUACUACUAAAGUCAUGAAAACAAGUUGUGCAUUUGGUUGUGUUGGUUUGCUUGCUAUUGUCCAAGCUGGUGUAGUGUCAUUUUAUGUGUGUUCAUAGUUAUUAAGUGUGUUGUUUGCCUCAUGUUGUCGUUUGUUCGUACGUCGGUUGUGUUGUGAAACUUUUCCAGGGUCCAUUACGAUCGCUGCCUAUAUUUUAAUGGCUGUUGAUUAA